AAAGGGGCAUUUACAAUUACAAAAGAUGCCUUUAGCAUGCUAAGUCGUGGCUCAGGUGUGAGCAAAUUGUUCAGCACGCAGACAAAGGAACAAGGUCAGCGUUCAGAAGAUUCCUCCCCCUCUUUGCGCCAACAGCCCAUGAAGCAGUCACACUCCCAGCAAUCCUUUGAUAGUGCCAUCUUGGAUGGCAGCUUGCCUGAUGAAAGUCUUUCUGUUGACAGUGAUUUCAGCGACAACUUUGUUGUUCUCAUGGACUCAGAAUCAGGGAUGGAGUCGAUGCGUCCCAACAAUACACCUGUGGGCAGUCGAGGCAGCCCGGCCCCGGGGACAGAAGGAGGCUCAUCAGCUGAUCUUAGCAGCUCCCUCUCGCAAAGUACUGAGGACAUGUCUCAGGACAUGUCUUCAGUGUUGUUACUGAUCCUGAGUGGAACAGCUUGUACCAUGGAGGCACAAGGUGAAGACCAAGUCAUGGCGUUCCAAGCACAGAAUCUGGCCAAUGUGGAGUUGGGCAACGUCAAGCAGUCAGACCUUCUAGCUGGACAAUUACAAGGUGAACCGAUUCAGAGGCAGGACGGGCAGACGAACAGGGACACACCUGCACUGUGCAUGCGGGCAGAAAUGGGCCCAUCUGCAGCUCAGCGCUCUGCUCUGGCCGAGUCGCUGGGCUUUCUGGACGUGAGGGUGCAAAACUGCCAGGCAGACCUGUUAGCCUCAACGGUGGCUAACAUUGGUCCUUUCCUUGAAGAUGAAUUUAGUGUUGAUGGACAGCCAAUGAGGCUACAAGUGUGUAAUGUCACCAUUACUAUGAAGAACGAUGGCCCCAGGAUCUACCCUACAUCCCCCCAACCCGUCCCGGCUUAA